CAACCCAUGUUGUUCCUGUUUCGUUGUGUGCGUUGGCUUCCAGUCGUUUUCGUGACGGCGCUCGUCGCCUGGUCGUAUUACGCGUUCGUUGUCGUCAUAUGUGGUAUGUUGUUUGUCGUUGCUUUCAGUUCUCGUUUUGACUUCCGGUUCUGUUGCUGGCGUCGUCUUCUAGCUACAGUAGUCGACGAUGUCGCGAUUAAAGUCGUGUAUUCGAUUGCAUAUCACGUGAUCUUCUUCUUGUUUAUGCUCUCGUAUUGGGUGACUAUAAUGACAAAUCCUGCAGAGCCGAGUGAGAAGUACAAACUGUCCGAACAGGAUGAAGAUGAUUUGAAGCAUGGGAUUAGCGUUGAGGAUGUGUUGAGGCGGCUGGUUGUUAAUCGUGAUUUAAAGGUUUACACAAGGAAUGACGAAGGAGUGUUUCGCUUUUGUGAUAAAACGAGAGUUUUGAAACCAGAUCGCUGCAAGUAUUGCUCAGUUAGCCGACAAUGCGUAUUAAAAAUGGACCACUUCUGUCCGUGGGUGAACAACACUGUUGGUUUCAGCAACUACAAGUCAUUUCUCCUGUUUCUUUUCUACACUCAAAUUUACACGCUUUUUGUUGCCCUGACUGUGUUGCCAUAUUUCAUUAUGUUUUGGACGGAGAAGGAGCAUAAGCAUUCAGAUAGCGAUCGAAUGCAGACGUUGUUUUUGUUUUUUGUUGCAUUGCUGUUCUCUGUUGGCGUGUUGUCAUUGUUUGGUAUGCACAUAUAUCUCGUGCUCAACAACAAGACGACUUUAGAGGCUAGUCGUCCUACAAUGUUCUACUAUGGCCAAGACAAAAACGGCUUUGGUCUUGGCUGGAAAGAAAACCUUCGUCAAGUGUUUGGACCUUCAAUAAAGAAAUGGCUGCUUCCAUUCAACAACAGUAUUGGAAAUGGAUGUGAGUUUCCUUUGCGUCGGGUCGAUUGUGAAUCUCAGCAAUUGCUGACGAUACGGGCUGCUCAUAUCGAAGAUGGAGACAGUUCAGAUGCUGGGAUACAUUAGCGAUCCUUAGAUUGUAGUUGAUAUCAACAUGUAUGAUAGAUUAUAAUACACGUAUGUGGAAUACUGUAGAACAUGCUGAUAAUUCAUUUCGAUUUACAGUGUAUGUAGUACUAGUGUGACUUUCUAUGCUAGCUAUUGUUUUUAGUUUCAUGUAAUGAAAUGUUUAUCGUUUCUUUGGGCAUUAAAGAAUAAUACAUUAGGUUAGGUGUCAA